UGCUAGAGGAGAGAGGACACAACCAUUUUUAUGUCUCUCUCUCUUUCCUUUUUUUCUUUAUUCCUAUUUUACCCUAUGUGUGAGUGAGAAUGUGUGAAUAUGUUCUGUAGCAUUUAUCCAAAAAAGAAUAUCCAAAUGUUACAUUCGUGAAUUAUCUAAGGAAUUGUUAUCGUUUGUUGAGAGAGAAAAAAAGGGGGGAAAAAUCUUUGUUGAAAACACGUGGCUGGUGAUCGGCCAUUAAAUCGAAAGAAGGAAGGGGAAGCAAAAGAAUUUCGCACAAACACGUGUUGAUGCAACAUUGUUCGAAUGAGUCACAGAUUGCUCAGCAUCAAGUAACGUUCUGAUUUAUCAUCGAAGAACGACGUACGUGUGAGUGUGUGGGUAGUUUUUCAAUUGAAAUAGAGAAAGUCAUGGGGUCAUUGAGACACGAGUCUCGCCAUUUGCUUUAUCCACCCCAGCAUCAACAACGCAACAGUCCAGUGCCUUCUACGAAUUCUUCUUCCGCCACGAUGACGUCUCCAAUUUCCGUACUGGCUACUCAGUUAAAGAAUAGCACAUCAUCGAGCCCGUCUGUUGCAGUGUUGACCGGAUGUACUGGUGGUGGGAAAGAGCCAAUGAAUAACAACGAGUCGAUGGAUUCAGGGGUGGCUGGUCUGCGCGAUGGUUUGACGACGCCCCAUGGCGGAUCGCCCACUUCCGCUGCAAGCAGCAGUAGCACAUCCAGCAGCAGUCAUGUUCUGCUCAACCACCAUCAUAUUCUUUCACCACAUCAUCAGAUUGUUCAACAACAACCAUCUUCUUCUGCUCUGGCAACUACCCCGUCAUCCACUUUGCUUCUACCUCCAGUCCAUGAUGAUGGACUUCAGUAUAUCGUCGAUCGCAGCAAAAAUACAACUUACCUUAAAGGCAGAUUCCUAGGAAAGGGAGGAUUUGCAAGGGUCCAUGAACUGACGGAUUUGACAACUGGACAUGUCUACGCGGGUAAAAUCAUCCCAAAAUCGCGCAUCACCAAACCUCAUCAUAAAGAAAAGAUUGCCAGGGAAAUUGAAUUGCACCGCAAUUUGGUCCACCUGAACGUUGUGCGGUUUUAUCACUGUUUCGAGGACUCUGAAAAUGUCUACAUCAUCCUGGAAAACUGUUCCAAGAAGAGUUUAGUGCACGUGAUGAAACAUCGUAAGACGUUGACAGAGCCAGAAGUUCGUUUCUACUUGCGCCAGCUGGCCGACGGCCUACGUUACGUCCAUGGCGCUCGAAUCGUCCACCGUGAUCUCAAGCUGGGCAACAUGUUCCUAUCGGAGAACAUGACGGUGAAGAUUGGCGAUUUCGGAUUGGCCGCUCGCCUCCACGCCGAAUCUAAAGUGACAAUAUGCGGAACGCCAAACUAUAUCGCGCCGGAAGUGUUGAGUCGCCAAGGUCAUGGAUACGAAGCCGAUCUCUGGGCAAUGGGAUGCAUCAUGUACGCCAUGUUGGUUGGCCAGCCGCCAUUCGAGACGUCUACAUUGGCAGAGACGUACUCUAGAAUUGCUCAUAAUAUGUAUGUGAUUCCACAGUGGGUGUCGCGUCCCGCCCGUUCAUUGAUCCGUCAAUUGCUGGCUCCCGAUCCAGCUCAUCGUCCAACGCUGGACCAGGUGCUCAAGCACGAUUUUUUCACGAGUGGCUUUAUGCCCGUCUCAUUGCCGCCGUCAUGCUGCUCAAAAGCGCCGACGUUCGCCUCGAACGACAGUGGCAUCAAGUCUGACGGGGACUCCACUAAUGAGAAUACCAGUCCGUUAACGCCGCAUCACCUCCGUGUCCCGUCUAGUUUUCAAGGCAACAGAUCACGCCCGGAAUCCGUCAAGGUUCCUAGCAAUGGUAAUAACCAGAGUCAAAAGGAUCAACGCGUUGCCAGAAGUCACAGUCUGAAGGAGACGCCAGCCUGUCGCAAAGAGAAGAAAGAGGCUCAACAACAACAGCAGCAGCAACAACAACAACAACAACAACAACAGAAAGGUCUUCCUGGGUCUUUAAAGCAAAAGAUAACCAACGUGUUGUGCCCUGAUCGCGACGACCACAAUAAGGAACAAGGCGGAAGGGUUGGUCCGCCUCCUGCCCCUCUUCCAACGUCUUCAGCACCUGCCGUACAACAACAACCCUCUUUGUACUCUGCCUUAGAUUCUUGCCUUUAUCACGCAGCACAAGUUCCAUCGAACCCCUGCCCGGUGCCGUGUAAUCCGCUCUUUAUAUCUAAAUGGAUCGACUACUCCAACAAGUAUGGCUUCGGUUUCCAGCUGUCGGACCGAGCUGUGGGCGUCCUGUUCAACGACAGCACCCGGAUAAGCUACUCUGGUGACCGGAAUCGCUUGGAUUUCCAAGACUCUACCGGAAAAACGAGUAGUUAUAGUCUGAAUGCUCUUCCAUCGUAUCUGGUGGAACGAUUGACUCUCCUUCGCUAUUUCGCCCAAUAUAUGGAUGAAAAUUUGACGGAAGGAGGUGACAGCCAACAACAGCAACAGGACCAGGCGUCGUCAACGACGUCGCCCGCACACAGACGCCGAUCAUUUGUCCACAUGAAGCGUUGGGUUCGCACGCCCAAGGCUAUCAUUAUGCAAUUAGAUAACAACACAUUGCAGAUCAAUUUUUUUAAAGAUCACACGAAAAUCGUUCUUUCGGCCGACACGUCAUCAACGUCGGCCGUCACCCAAUACUGGGUGACUUACAUCAACAGUGAGCGAUUGAGCGCCACCUAUCGUUUGGUUGACAUUUCGCAGCUCGGCUGCGAGUCGACCCUCCGUGAGCGACUCGUCUUUGCUCUGACGGUACUGCGAGAAUUCGCCGAAUUGGACGGGGAUAAAAUUUGAUCUCUCCGCAUCCUAAAAGGAUAUUUAAAAAAACAAACAAAAAAACACGCGAAAGUGAAAAGAAAAAAGAAUUAUCCACAUUUGUGUUCAAUCACGUAGCACCACAACUACCUUCUUACCUCUAAAAGGAGCUCUUUUCAAUUUCUUCUUCAUCUAUCCCUAAAUGCAAUCAUCGGUAAAAUUUAAAAAAAGGAAAAACUUUCCAAUGUCGCGUUCAUUGAUCUCGUUUCGUGACCCUUCUUUCCAUCUUUCCUCUAAUUGUUCUUCUUCUUCUUAUUUUCUUCUUGUGUUUUGUAUCAAAUAAUGAUGAUUCGAUUCUUCUCAAUUUUGCUUCUUUGCACACCUUUUCUUUCUUUAGUAGAAAAUCAUGUUCAUCUUGGAAAUUGACUUUCGAUUGAUUUUUGUUUUUCCCUAUUGUACAUCAGCAUUGUCUUUCUCUUGCCUUGAUUUGUUGUCUCUUCCUUUAAGAAGCUAAAAUGUUAAUCAUGACAUUGAUAAAAAUUUCAUCGCCCCUCGCUAGCUGGUAAAAAAAAAAAAAAAAAAUAUCACGAGCAUCCCUCUCACACCCAUUCAUCCAUCCCCACUUCUCCAUUAGCCCAGCUAGUCAACCCUGUCAUUUUUCUUUCCUCAUGUUCCAGAAGAAAAUUCAUCACGCUAUUUUUUUUUUUCUAAAAUUUAAUUUUCUCAUUAUGUUGUCCCUUUUUCUUUAAGUUUUCUUUACUUUUCUAACAAAAAUAUUCCCAAAGUCUUUCAUGAGAAAAAUCGAAACGAUGGUCACUCCCACUUUGUGUGUCCGUUUUGACUUAGGGAGGUUUACACACAAAAAAAGGGCCAUUGUUCGCUUUGGUUAAACACACGACCCCAUCUCUUCCCUCAUUUCAUUUCUCAUUGUAUGCGUGCAUGUUUCCGGUCUUUCCCCUCACUGUAUGUAUGUUUCGCCGGUUUACGUGUGAGAAGAAAAGUAAGUGAAAAACAAAAAAUUUAAAAAUCAAAUAACGAAAAGUAAGAGGAAGAAUUUUGUGUGUGUGUGUGUGUGCACUAACGUAACACCCACAAGCACCAAAAAACCCGUAACCAAGGAAUCAAGAACAUAUCGUGAGUUUGCGUGGGGCUAUACUAGAAAUUUAUAUCCCGACAUUUCGGUCGUGUCGUCCGUCUGUUAUGGGGAGGGGGGAGGGGGGGUAUUGCAAAAUAAAAAAAUUUUUUGUUUUUGUGUCCAAUUUUGUCUUUCGUGCUGGCGUCCUCUUUAAAUUGUGACGUGAAAGGGCGAAAUUGGUCGUGUUCUCGACGAUCAUGUUUUGUUUUUUGUAUCCAAUUCUUUAGAUGUCAAUCGGUUUCAAUUCGAAAUGUCCCUUUCACUCCUUUUUUAUGUUUUCCUUUCUAUGUUGAUCCGCACGAUCGAAAAUGAUGAAAAAUGAUCGUGUUCUGAUUUUUGUGUAUUCGUUUUUGUUGUGUUAUUUUUGUUUGUUCCCGCGUGCUAUUCGCUAGCGCACGGUCCCGCCAUUUCGAUUCUACAACCGAUUGAAGUGUUGUUUCGCUCAGCGCCCUCCUCUCCCCAUCCCCCCUCUCGGUGUAAUCGACAAAUGAUGAUUGCGUGUGAGAGUUUAAAUAAAAAAAUUGUUCCGCUCG